AUGACGUCUCGUAAACGUAGCGGCAGUGGUUCGUCCAAAAGGCCCAAAGAAAAAGUAGUUUACAUAUAUGAACUUUUCUUUAGAGGCGAAGAUCCCACUAAAGAUAGCCUCGAAUUUUGGAAUGAGUUUUUUCUGCUACAACCCAAUGUAGAAGCACUAGAAGCCGAAAUAACAAAACUAACUUCUGAACAGUUUGUGAUUGUUAAACCAAAUGUUAACACAUUACUCACUAAAAGUAUUGCAAUUUUGGAAACAGAUCAUCCAAAACGCUUGUGCAACAGCCUUCAAACUCUUUGUUCUUUGUUCUAUGCAAUAUUCAAAAAGUCAGCAGAUCCUUCGUUUAUUUUUAUGAAUGAAAUAUUUGGCUACGAGCAAAUGGAUAAUAGUAUGAGGCAGUUGAUGAAUAAUUGCAAUCAAAUACUAUUAGGUGAAGCUACAGAAAGCACCAGAUUUAUGUGCCUGAAAUUGCUGCUGGUAAUUGUGACAGGUACUGACAAUGUUAGUCAAAAUGUCCUGUUGGAGUACCUUACAAUGCACACUCUUUUCGAUGCCUUCGUUCAUUUACUUAGCGAUCCUUCGCUACGGGCACAACACGGACAUGAUAUUGUUAUUCUACUGACUAUUUUGGUGAAUUAUAGAAAGCAUGAAACGACCAACCCAUAUGUGGUUCAGUUAUCUAUAUUGGCAGAUGAUAUGGCGCUCAAUGGUUAUGGGCAGAUGAUAUCACAAUCUUUGAUUGACUUUUGUCGGCAAUACAUGCAAAGCUUAUCGAAUGUUCAGUCUUCAUCUUGGUUUUCCUCAUUAUCAAACAUUGUUGGAAAUAUGUUUGUUUCAGACGAAGGAUGUGAACGUGUGCAGCAAAUCAAAGCCAACAAUGGACUUUUAUUAGCCCUAUAUGAAGCUGUCCACCUUAAUCGGAACUUUAUUACUACACUAGCUCACACCCAAGCCGAGUCGAGUGCUCCUCCAUCGCCUAGUAAUACUUUAAGUCUGACACAACCAUUACCUGAUUUGGCAAGUACUCCUAUAAUUGAUAUGACACAGUAUCCGACUAAUUUGCUGGUAGCGGUUUUUCAAUAUUGUUCCAUUGUUAUGCAGGAUAAUAAAAAUGAAUUCAGUGUAGCGAAUCUGAAACUGUGUUUUCUUAUAUUAACGUGCAUUUCAGAGGAUCAGUAUGCGAAUUCAAUGAUGCAUGAUAUCAAUCUGACAUUCAAAGUUAUGUUACAUCGUGUCCAAAUGCGCCAUCGAAAGCUACAUGUUGAUCGUGUUGGAAAAUCACAACCACUAGCGGCUACUUUGCUCGAUUUACUUGUAGAGUUUAUAGUUUCACAUUUAAUGAAAAAGUUCCCCAUGGAGUUGUAUUUACUUUGUGUUGGUAUCAUUCAUCGUGUGUUGUGCUAUCAAAAGCGAUGCAGAGUUCGCUUAAAUUAUCCAUGGAAAGAGUUGUGGUCAGCUUUAAUCGGUUUACUUCGGUUUCUCGUAAACCAGGAGCAAACGUUGGUGAAGAAAUGUAAUAUAUUUUAUUUAUCACUCCAGGUGGUAAAUAUUUUUAACUUAUUUAUAACAUAUGGAGAUACAUUUUUGGCCACAACAAACAGCUAUGAUGAAUUAUACUACGAGUUAAAUAGAGAAGAGAAAGUGUUUUCAGAAAUACACGCAAUGGUUUUACGUUACACAACAAUGAUAGACUGCGAAUAUAAAGAUGAUGUUAUCCGUCUACUGAAUGCACUUGUCAAUAUUUUGGCUAUAGUGAAACACUUCCAAAAUAAGAUAAAAGAAUGGUUGGCGGAGCAAGGACUCUCCACGCCAACAGAAGAACAAAUUCUGGAAGUGGUACGCAAGAAUUAUGAUCUCACACUAAAGUUGCAAGAUUCACUUGAUCUGUACGAACGAUACUCAGAAGCGCCUCGACAUAGUGGAUUUUUCAAAGCAAUGGUUAGAGAUGUAGUCGUCGACACCCGAAAACAUAUUUAUGAAUAUGUUAAGGAAGCCGUUUCUAUCACACCAGAACAGGAUGUUAUAUUAUCAACGAACUUAUCUGUUCCAAAUACAUAGGUAAUACAAAUUACUAACAUAUAAGAAAUUACUAAUAGCAUAGCUCGGCCAAGCACUAACAUAUGUGUAAGCGCCAAUCUAUUAUUAUUGUUAUUAAUAUUAUAUUUAAUUUUAAAACUUUAGUUUUGUGCAUUGUGCUCGUCAUAAUGCUGAUUACACGCGAGGGAACCGUUGCGCCUUCCAAAAUAAACAAAGCAUAAACAGUCGUAGCUUCUGGUGGGUUCAACGGAUGCCUGUUGUGUAGGCAGCAUAAUAAUUUGAAAUAUAGUACACAUACGUUGUAAUAUUUUACAUAUUUAACAUAACGCAUUUACACAUUAAA